CCCCGGUCUUCCAAGCUCGAUCUCCUCUCUUUCUCCCUCUCAGCAGUCAGCAGACCAUCCAUCCAUCUGCAAGCAAGCUCACUUCGAGUCCACAAGCGCCGCCGACAUACAUGGGCAAUGGACUCUCCCUGCCCCCGUGCCUGCACCUGCCGGCGGCGGUGAGGCUGGUGUACUGGGGCGGGCGGGCGAGGCUGGUCGCCGCGGACGCCAGCCUCACGGCCGGGGACGUCGCGGCGGAGCUCCCGGCGCCGGCCACGGACCAUGCGGUCUGCCCCGCGGACGCUUUCUUCGUGGGCCUCCCGAUCCCCGUCAUUUCCCCCGGCGAGAAGCUCCUGCCGGGGCGGACCUACUUCGUGCUCCCCGCCGCACGGUUCCCGUCCGUCAAGGUGCUCACCGCCGCCACGCUCGCCGCGCUGUCGGCCGCGCCCGCGCCGGCGAGCAGGGGGAGGAGCAAGGCGGCGGCGCUCCCCUUAUUAGCGGGGCAGUGCCCGUUCGAGUACGUCAAGGGCGACGGCGGCGCGCCGCUCAUCAGGGUCCUGCCGGAGUUCAUCGAGAAGGUGAUCACCUGCGACGGCGGCGCCCCGGCGGUGGCGGCGGCGCCGAAGACGGCGGCGGAGCUGUGCAGCACGCCGGAGCUGAAGCGGCAUUACGCGCAGCUGGUGGGGCCGAGGAGCCGGCCGUGGGCGCCGAGGCUGGAGACCAUAGCGGAGGGCGAUAGGAGCAGGUGGCUGAGGGCGACGGCGAGGAUGCUGUCUUCCCGAUAGACGCCCACAACUGACAAAGAUUUCUUUUAGGACGCGACGAGCUAGCAGCAAAAUGUACAGUUGGUCGAUCGCACAAUUUUGUUCGAGACCACAUUUGGUGGCCUCUCGAGAUUGCUUACUAAUGAGACUGGCAUUGUUGAUCCUCUUACUAAUGAGGCUGA